GGGACGCAGCGCGCAGGGGUGGGGAAGCGGGAUCCGUGCGCAGGGUUGCUAAGGGUGAAACUUUUCAUUGACUUUGCUCACUUCGGGCCGGGCUGCGGGACGGUGCGCGUCGUCGCGGCCAGAAGAGCAGCACCGCCCGCCCGGCGACACGAGCCGCCCUCCUCGCGGUCCCCCCCGCCGCCGCCGCCGCCGCCGCCAGCCCGAGCUCCAGAAAGCGGAGAAUUCGAGGCAGCGCCCACCCGUCCCCCCGGCUCGCCCCGCACCCAGCCCUCCACGGAGGAGAGGACUCCCCGACCCCCGGCCCGAGCCCCGGACCACUCUGGAGGGAGAAGCCGCGCCGCGGCCGGCAGACCGCCCCGCCGCCGCCGACACCGAAGCCACCUGGAGCCCAAGGCUGUCCACUGAACACCUCCCGCCCUUGCCCUCGGCCCGAGCCCUGAGCUGACUCCUCGUGGGGCCGGACCAUGCAGCUGGAGAUCAAGGUCGCCCUCAACUUCAUCAUCUCCUACUUAUACAACAAGCUGCCCCGGCGCCGGGCAGACCUGUUCGGGGAGGAGCUGGAGCGGCUCCUGAAGAAGAAAUACGAAGGCCACUGGUACCCGCACCGGCCGCUGAAGGGCUCCGGCUUCCGCUGUGUCCACAUCGGGGAGCUGGUGGACCCCGUGGUGGAGCUGGCCGCCAGGCGCAGCGGCCUGGCCGUGGAGGACGUGCGGGCCAACGUGCCCGAGGAGCUGAGCGUCUGGAUCGACCCUUUCGAGGUGUCGUACCAGAUCGGGGAGAAGGGCACCGUGAAGGUGCUGUACCUGGACGCCGGCGAGGGCGGGGCGGCCGUGGAGCUGGACAAGGAGAUGAAGAGCAGCUUCAACCCCGAGGCCCAGGUCUUCGUGCCCAUCGGCAGCCAGGACAGCUCCCUGUCCAACUCGCCGUCGCCGGCCUUCGGCCAGUCCCCCAGCCCCACCUUCAUCCCGCGCUCCGCGCAGCCCAUCACCUUCACCACGGCCUCCUUCGCCGCCACCAAGUUCGGCUCCACCAAGAUGAAGAAAGGGGGCGGGGCGGCGGGCGGGGGCGGCGGCGGGGUGGGCGGCCAGCAGCCCCCGCAGCAGCAGCCGCGCCUGGCCCGCUCCCCGACGGGCAACCUGCUGAAGCACAAGGGCGCCUCCCUGUCCGUGCACUCGCUGAACUUCAUCGCGCCCGCGCCCGCCCCGCAGUCCCAGCUCUCGCCCAACGCCAAGGAGUUCGUGUACAGCGGCGGCAGCUCGCCCAGCCUUUUCUUCGACGGCGCCGACGGCCCGGGGGGCAGCCCGGCCCCCUUUGGGGGCAGCAGCGGGACGGGGCCUGGCGGCAGCAGCGGCACCAGCGGCAGCUUCGAUGUGGCCCAGGUGUUGGGGGGCAGCUCGGGCAGCCUGUUCCUGGAGAAGUCGCCCUUCGUGGAGGGCCUCAGCUACAACCUGAGCACCAUGCAGUACCCCAGCCAGCCCUUCCAGCCCGUCGUGCUGGCCAACUGACCGGCGGCCCCGCGGCCCCCAAGACCACAGGAGAGGAGGGGCGAGGCCCGAAAGAGCAGAAGAAAGAGUCACAAAGAGAUCUCCCACCUCCCCCCCACCCCUGCCGCGGGUGUCCUGCCCGAGGCCUCGCAUUUGGUUGAUUCAGGUUUAGAUUUCUGUUCUUCCUUUUCUCCGUGUAGCUUUCGGCAUCGCUGGUUAGUGGCUGCCUGUGCCGAGGGCGGGCGGGGCUGAUGCAUGCGCCAACCCCCCCAUCUCCCCAGGGACGGGAGCGCUGCCCUGUGUCACUGCCUCUGCCCCAUCCUUAGCCGUCCAACCUCAGCAGGCCCCUUCCAGGCCUGCCGCCCGCACCCACUCCGCUCAGGCCCGGAGUCCCGCCUCUAAGCUCAUGCCGGGGUCUCCUGAGGGCGCCCUUCAUCUCUGCCCACCCUCCUGCGGCCCCUUCUCCCGGGCCUGAGGUCGGGGCUGGGUGUGACUGGCGCGUGUGUGCGCGUGUGCGUGUAUGUGUGUGUGUGCACCCACAGUUGGUUUGCUGUCCUGUUUUAAAGGAUUCCAAGCCAUGUGAAAUUGGCCCCUGGCUGCGACUCCGAGUCUAGCAAGAGAUUCUUUGUGUCUGAGGUCGGGGGCUGGACUGGUGGGUCAUGGGGCCCCCCGGCAGAGGGAGCUGGUGCACUUGUUUGUUUUUGACCAAAAAGUGGAGCGGGAAGGUGGCAGGGGCUGACACAGCCUCAGAUGCUAAGAGAAGGCCCCACACUUAGCCCCGGGGUGUUUGGGGGCCACACUCGAGCUGGCAGAGUCUGAAGCACCAGUUGGGACAGUGGGUCCCCGGGGUGUAGAUAUGUGAACGUCCCUGUCUGCUUGAGAACUCGGCACCCCUAGCCCCUGUCGCCGCCCCGGCUGGCACACUGGGCCUUGGGCGCGAGGGGCUGGCGUGCCUGUGGCAUCCGCCCCUCCUCCACUGGAAGGUAUCAAAGCCCUUGGCACGUCCCACGUGGGCAGCUGCUGUGGCGGUGGGUCCCACCCAGAUGGGCACUGCCAGCCUUGCCAGGGGAGCCAGCCCUACCUCCCUCCGUCAGCGGGGCAUCGUCCUGGCUUCUCGGCACCCACCCCAGCCUCAUCCCACCCAGGCCUCAGGCCCAGGCAGCUGCUCGGGGCAGGCUGGAUGCUGCCUUAUGCCCCCCCCCUCCAGCCCCUUACAGCCCCCUCCUGAGCGCCGGUACCAGCCCCGAGAUGCCGAAAUACGGAGAAAACUCUUGAGGAGCGUCUGGGCUCUGGGGCUGGGUUCAGUCUGUCUCGACUCAAAUCUAGGCAUUUUUGCUUCGAUUUUAUUUUUUAAGAAAACAGGAGAAUCUGCACUAAUUUACCUGGUUUCGUAGGAAGACUUUCUUUUUUUUGUUUCUUUUUUACAUUUUUUGGUGUCUGUUUGUAUUGAAUAAUUUGCUACAUUUGUAAAAUGUAAGAAGUAUAUAUAAUAUAUGUAUAUUUCUAACGUAAAAGAAGUAAUUUUUUUUCUUUCGAGAUUUUUUCUUAAAAAGUGGAGAGUAAGAUAUUUUUUCAGGAAAAACAAACUUUAAAAUAAAAAAAGAGGAGACUCGAAACCUUUUCUCCUUCUCCCCACCCGCUUUCCCGGGAACAAAUGCAAGGGGUGGCAUUCGUGAAGAAUGGACAUUUUAGUUCAGAGGGAUGAAUUCUCAGUGCCGUGAGCUGGGGGCUCUGGCCUGGCCCCCGAGACGGGGGGAGGCUCCCCGAGAGGCGCCAUGCAGAGGAGAACGGGGGUCGGGGGGGUCAGCUCAUGAGCUGCUUUUCUUUAGUGCCGGAAGAAUAUUACCGAGUGUUUCGUACUCAGGAUGUCGUGCAAUAUUUCGGAAUGGGACAUUGGUGUGUUUAGAGACAUAGUUUAAAAACAGAACAAAAAGAUUGAUCAAAUCUGUACAGUUUAUAUUGUUCCAGAUUUUUUUAAGUUUGUAUUAAAAGCAUGAUAUAUAAUAGUC